GCAUAAGCCAAUUCGCACUGGGUAGAUCGACCAACCUCCAAGAUGGCGCGAAGACUGGCAAAGGAACUCGCGGAAUUCAACAAAAACUCCCCCGAGUGGUGCACAGUUGGACCCGUCGACGACGACCUUCUGCACUGGAAUGCCAUGGUGGUCGGACCUGAGAACACCCCGUAUGCUGGUGGCGUGUUUAGCAUCGACUUGGUGUUCCCAGCGGAGUACCCCUUCAAAGCACCGAAGGUUAAGUUCUUGACACGCGUGUACCAUCCAAAUGUGAAGUCGCAGAGCGGUGAAAUUUGUGCCGAUAUCAUCAACGAAAGCUGGGGGCCGACGUUGAACGUGUUGCAUUGUUUGACUGCGCUGAAGCAAAUGCUGGAGCAGCCCGACGCAGACAAUCCGUUGGAGCCGGAGAUUGCCAAGCAACUCCACGGCAGCCGCGACGUGUUCAACGACACGGCACGAAAGUGGACCAAGGACUUUGCCUCGUAAACAACAUGUCUCCCGAUGAUCCCAAUCGAAUGAUCAAGCGCGCCGACGCAUAUUGCUAGCGGUCGUUUGUUCGUUAAAAUACACAAUACCCUUAUGUACUCGGUGUCAUUCGCAUUCAAGGAUGCAGCGGGGUACACUCCGCGCAUCGUUGGUCGCAU